GAUUCGAAGUCCAAUGCAAUCUCUACUUCAUCAACGAAUUGUACAGUGCAAGAGAGAGACAUUCCUAUCUUUUGCCCAUCUAUUGUUCAAGUCUUUCCUGGUGCAGUUUAAACAGUAUUAUCUCCAUUUCUAAGAAAGUACGCGAAAUGGCUUUGGGCAGCCCUUGAAAUGGCUUUCCAUCUGUAGCAAGUGUAUGUUCUAAAAAAUUCCUAGCAGCGAAUGGAAGGAACUGUGCAACAAGGGCCAUGCGUCUCGUAUGCAUGAAUGGAAGUGGGCUCCCGUUUGUUGGUUGAAGCCGGGAGAAGGGAUAUGGGCGAUGAGCACUUUCCGAAAAUGAGCCGGUAGGUGCGCGAUCUUGGUGACCGAGGUCUAGUGCCGGAUUCUUCCGAAGCUGGGGGACUAAUGAAGUUGGAGCAGGGAAGGGAGGGGAAUCGCAUCCUCUGGUGUGGGGAUGGUGUGUUGCCCCAGAGAGGCCGGGUCAAAAACCUCAGUACGUGCAUGUGGUUUUCUCCUUCCGCGUGACUGCAGUGCGGAGGGGAUGGAGCAGACUCAGAAGGGCGCAGGUUCUCCUGGACCCAUAAUGAAUGAUCCUUGGCCUGGCGAAUCGAGACUCUGCCCGGCCGCGGGAGAGCGCUCUCGAAGCACUGCACCUCCGCCUGGAUUCAUGUCCCGCGCCAUAAAGCAGAAGCAAACACCAAGUCGACGCCGAGAGGCGCGUACGCCGACCCGCGCAGCGACGGGGCGAAGAGGAAAUUGACCGCGAAAUGUUUAAAAAUGCCAUGCGCAGACGUUUUGAAACCGUCGCAGCGCUGGCCGGUCGUGGGGCGGUAGAGCGCGGCAGAAAUACUCUGCGCGUACGUUUUUCCUCCCGCGCCCUCGCUCCCUCCUUUAAGAAAAGUCGUGUAAGUAAGUAAGUAAGUAAGUAAGUAGGUCGAGGCUCGCGACCUGCGGGCGGGAGCCAGGAGGGAGGCAGAGGGAGGGCGCCGGAAGGCGGUGAAGGUGGCGCUCUGUUUCCGGUCGCAGGGCCUUGAAAUUUUCUUCGGGCGUGUUGGUUGGUUGGAGCGGAGCAAAGAAAGCAGAGCAGAGGUGAUUGAUGGGCGAACGGAAAGAAGCCGCUCUGUCCGGGCGGCCCGGGAGUGAAGUACUGUCGGAUGGGACGAGCGUUUGAAGGCUGCAAGAAAGGGCAGGGGACUACGAGGGCCCAGCUAGUAGGGCAGGAGGGCAGGGCAUGGGAGGGGUGGCACGCCUGGCCGGCGAGCGAGCGAGCGGGCGGGCCGGGGCUCGCGCUCUCGCUCUCGCUCUCGCUCUCGCUCGCUUAACGUUAGAGCAGUUUAGCAGCAGCUAGCGCGCUAUCUGGGCUCGAGGCGGACAGGUUCCAGGUUGCGAAUCGGAACCCGAUGCAAAAGGUUCUAGGUUAUUGGUCACGAUGCCACGGGCUCGAAGAGCGGUAAUGGUGAUGGUGUGGAGACGAAUGUGGUAGAGCUGCGAGC